GUAUCAUCAUCAGCAGCAGUAUAAUCGUCGUCACCAUCACGACAACGAUGAAGAUGACGAUGAAGAUGACCGCGUGGUGCUGCUGCUGCUGGUGCCUCGCGGUCUGCGCGCUGCUGUCGCCCUGCGGGGCCGCCGCGAGCAAGGACGCGGCGGAUGGACUUGGCACCGCCGGGGGAACGCUGAGUUUCCAGACGCCCGAGCUGAGCGACGAGGAAGGACACUCCCAGCACAUGCCCCAGCACCUCCGCUGUGACGCGUGCCGAGCCAUCGCCUACCAGAUGCAGGAGCACCUGAGCAGGGCCGUGCAGAAGAGGCCGGCGCUCCGCAAGGGGCUCAGUGGCAGCGCCGAGCUGCCCGAGUCCGAACUGCUCGACACCAUGGAGCAAUGCUGCUCGCAGUCCUGGAACGACUACGGGGUGAAGGAGCUGAGCGGGCAGAAGCGCUUGUCGGGACCCGGCCUGGAGGCGCAGGACGCGAUGGGGAUGAUGAUGGGCGGUGGGAAGUGGCCGUUCAGGCUGCUGCAGAUGUGCCACGCGCUGCUGGGCGAGCUGGGCGAGGAGGAGAUCUACGCCGCGUUCCGCUCGGCAGCGCCGCCGGGCCAGGGGCUGGCGCCGUGGCUGUGCCAGCGCGACUGUGGCGCCCAGGGGGCGGCACAACGAGACGUCACGCCGCUGUCGAGAGAGCACACCGAGAUGUGACACCCACACUGACACGUGACACCCACACUGUGACACCCACACUGUGACACCCACACUGGGACACUCACACUGUGACACCCACACUGUGACACCCACACUGUGACACCCACACUGUGACACCCGCACUGUGACACCCACACUGAGACAGCACAACGACACGUGACACCCGCACUGUGACACGUACUGGAACACCACACCGACACGUUACACAACCGUCAUUAACCACUAAGUGGCGGUGACGUCACUACGACGCUUGUGCCAGGCCAUGUGCACCUUGAGGCCACGUGAAGUUUCGAACGCCCGCUGGCAGGAGGUCACGGGGCAGACCAAGGUGCCACGGGUC